UGGAGCUCAGUCGGGGUUUGGUGGAUACAGGGAAACGAUACGGCGUACAGUACGCUGAUCGAGUUAUCCAAUAGAUGUGGAGUUGUUGUUAUUGCUGUGUUUAUUUUCGUUGUCUUAUGCUUUAGUCCAUAUAAAGCUCUGUAAGAUGGAAAAUUCUGCAUAUGUACCAAAUCACCUUCCACCACCUGCUCUUGUCGUCUUCUCUCAGGCUGGAGGGCUUCCAGAGGCUCUGAGAAUGCAGAGGCCCUUUAAUCCCCAGGUCCCAGAAGCAAAAGACCUGCACGUCCCUUUUGGCAGUGCUACUGUUGCCGGUUUUGGCCUGCGGCACGUUGAUAGCUACCCAGGGCUGCCAGCUCACUUGCUUCAUCACCUGCAACCACAGUUUGUGCACCCAGCCCUGGAUCCCAGGCUUCCAUUUGGCUCUGCAGGAGCUGGUGCCUUCCGUCCUCUGGGGCGAGGGCACCCAGGUGCUGGUGAUAUGGAGACUGGGGGGCUGUCUGCUUUUGCACCUCCAGCUCCUACACUGUCUAGUUCUGGUAACCGAAGUGAGGGCCUGGCGGGCUCUGUCUCACCCAACAGUACACCGCCUCUGCAGCCCCGUGUAAAGGAGGAGGGUUCGGACACACCACUGUCAGAAGACAGAGACCGUGAUGGCACGCUCACUCCUGGAUCCUUAUCGGAAGGCAAUGUUGCAGACCGGCUUACACCAGAGGAGGGACGUGGCUAUAGACGGAAGAAGAAGCUGCAGGCGGAGGCGUCGUGCUGCCCGGUGUGCGGCGUGACGCUGCGCGCGGGCGAGCUGGAGGCGCACUACGCGCACGAGCUGCAGCGCCUCUACAAGUUGGGCGGCGCGCGCGCCAGGCGGCCGCCCCCGCCUCCCCCGCCGGGGCCCGCUGCCGCCGCCGCAGCCGCCGCCGCCGCCUCUGCCUCCGCCGACGGCACGCACGAGGGUCGCUGGGAGACUUACCAGCGGAUCAAGGCGAACCGACAGAGCAGGCUGCGCUUGAAGAACCGCAAGCGCAAGGCGGACGAGGCGACGUGCCCCGUGUGCAGCGAGCGUCUCUCAGGAAGCGCCGACGACCUCAACGCGCACGUAGACGCCUGCCUGCGCAAGCACGGCGACGGCGACGGCGAUUCGGACGAGCCGGUGGACGUGGAGGGCGGCGUCUUCACGGAGUACGAGUGGGCGGGGCAGCGACGCGUGCGCGCGUCCGCGCUGCUCGUGGGCGGCUACGCGGCGGCCGGGCUGGCGACGGCCGCGACCACGGCCGACGACGCCGACCACGCGGACCUGGUCGUCGACGGCGACGACUCCGCCACGCUGGGGCCCGCGCAGUACUCGGAGGCCGACGUGCUGCUACCCGCCGCCGCGGCGCGCGAGCGGCGAGCGCUGCGACACGCCCUGCUCAGUGGCGAUAGCAGCAGUCCGGCAGCGGAGGCGACCGACAUCAAGGAGGAGCCGGACGGCGACGGCGACGGAGAGGGCGAGGGCGACGGCGACGCACACCCCAGCGACCCCGCGCCCGACCGCGACCAGCUGGUCGAGGCGCUCAAGGCGCGCAUCCGACAGCUCGAGGCGGACGCCUCCAGCGCCGACAAGUUCAAAUGCCUCAUCUGCAUGGAACGUUACAAGAAACCUGUCAUAUCCAUAUGCUGCUGGCAUGUUCAUUGCGAAGAAUGCUGGCUACGUACUCUGGGUGCAAAGAAGCUGUGUCCUCAGUGCAAUAUGAUAACAUCACCAUCGGACCUGCGGAGGAUUUACAUGUGAUCGCCCCUAGCUGAUACUCUGGCGACCGCCAUCCAUUUUGUUGAAGAAGUAACUCCAGUGGAAACACGUGCUACAUCUCUCUGAAGUGGAACAUCCCUUGGCUUUCUUCGGUUUGCGACAUAGCGUAUUUAUGAAACUACGGACUGAUGGAUUUGUUGGUGCACUGCAGAGAGAUGAAGCUUUUAUUUGCGGAUAGCUGCAACUUCACAGCACAGUUGGAAGAUUUUUGUGUCAAUGCGUUGCUUGUACGAAGGUGAGUUGCAGCUACGGCUUGUGAGUUACGGCGUCAAGAAUGAAUACACGAGUCAAAGCGACGUUCUUUGACUGGCUUGCAAGAGACAUAGGCAGUAGUGCCGUCAAUCGUGAUAAGCUGCAUUUUACUUCAGUCGAUUUUGAAGUAACUGCCAUUCGUAAGAUUUGACAAUGUGCGUGAAAGCUCAGUGUCGUACGUACAAUGGCUAACGAUUUAGGGAGGAAACGAGUGCAUCGCAAUUAUGCAAGACUGUUGUUAAACUCAAGAACAGAAGCGUCAUCUGUGUGAGCGUGUGGUUUCUCGCCGUUAACUGGAGGCGCACCUGAUCGAUUGCGGACGGGACAGAAGAUCCGAGUGGGCAAGUUGGAAAUUACUGUGUGGGAGCUGUGCCAGCCCCUCUUGUAUUCGUAUUUGUUGAGACAGUUGGUCUGCUCUCUGUAAUGAGACGACGAGAUUCCGCAGAUCGUGAACCUUCUCCGGCUUUGUGAGGAUCUUAAAAAGUCUGAGCUCAACGAAUUAAAUAGCAAUACUGAUUCGCGACUCGCAUUUGACAAAUCACCACAGAAGCCUCCCACUAAGGCCGCGCGCACAAAUUUCAUUUAUAAACCUCUCUUUAUUUAACCACUGCAAAAUGUGUUUUGGCUUCAAUCGUCCUUCGUCUCAUAAAUGUUUGUGUGGCCAUCCUACUGACGUAGUGUACAUGCACAUUCCCGAAUAAUACUGACUGAAGCAGUGUAGCGUUACCCGAUCUUGUUGACGAAUAUGUAUGGCAGAUUCACCGUAUGUAUUUGUCACAUUUUACGUUCUCUGUGUAUAUUAAGUCUGUGAGGCCCUUACCACAGUCUGACAGAAAAUGGUUUUAAUUAUGCAAAACACGUACCGGUAUUUUUAACGAAUUCACGAUUGGUAUAAUUGUUCUAGAAACGUUAAUUACCUCUCGUCAGUGACUGUUGUCGAAAGAUUAACUGUCUGGCAGACUGCGCAUCCCAGCUACAUUUCUAAAAUAAAAGUUGAUUUUUAUUAUAAAGUGAACUUUCUUACCAAAAUAAAACUAUACCAAUUAAUAAUGAGAAAAUAUUUACAACGUGACAACCCUCAGUUAUAGGUCCCAUAUCCUAUCACUUUUGCAAAAUAUAUAACUUACAGUAAACACCUUGCCGAACGCCCAUGUACAGUGUCGAAUAAUAUGCCAAAUAGCAACCUUGAUGAGGCUUGAAUAGCAGAGCACCAUCUGAAAGCAGACGGCUAUGGACCGAUUGUAUUAGAUAGAAUUCCGUCUAGAAAAUUACCCGAUAUGAAUCUUGUAACUCAACCCCACUUCCUGCUCACGUAGUCUGCUUUUAUUGUUACUGACAAAGCAGUUUCGAAACGCCCUUAAUUAUCAGUCUACGUGUGCUGGCUAUUGUGUAUCCGAAAAGUCCAUGAAGAUAAAACUGUGGACCCAGAGAGCUGCUUUAGUGCUUAGCGGUACACUGCUGCUCCUUUCGGUGGCACCAGAGUUACUACACACAUUUUCCAGGGUAGUUCUUUGAUUCACAACUUGAAUAUUUCUGUUUAAAAAAUUGGUUUUUCUUGGUAAUAGUCCAUCGCAGACAAUCGGCUGCGGGAAUGUGUAAGUCGGAUCCUUCCAUCAGAAGCAGUUUGUCAAUUAAAAAGUAAAUUCCAAACUAACUGACGAAAACAGUUUUCAGUUGCUUCGACAGUUCUGGCCAAAUGUAGAUUUCAUCUGAUCGUUCUAAUAUCGUAUCAGAGUACCCUAUAAAAUUUACAUAGGAAAUUAAAUUCUGUUAACUUGAUCUGCACAGUAAUGGGGGAAACUUAACGUUGUAAAUUCUGUAUACACACAGAACCUUUUAUUUAACACCUUGGUUCUACAUAUUAAUUACAGAAAUCUAUGUACCGUUUACGAAACCACCAGUUUGACGUUUAAGUGUUGCAGUUAGAUCAGAAAAUCGUGGUUGCUCUAAAAGUAAGUUGGCGAAGUGAGAAGAAAUUCAACUAACUGCGUUUAAUUGCUUCCUAUGCUGUCAGUAUGCUAGCUCACUCGGUGAGA